GUCAAGAUGGCUCAAAAAAAAUCUCAGCCCGAGAUGAUGGACUUGCAGAAUUAUUCCUUGGUGUCAGAAUUUGUGUUGCAUGGACUCUGCAGUUCACGGUAUUUGCAAUUUUUUUUCUUCAUAUUCUUCUCAGUAAUCUAUGCAGCCAUCAUGCUGGGUAACCUCCUCAUUGUAGUCACUGUCAUGUCUAACCCCAGCUUGCACUCUUCCCCUAUGUACUUCCUCCUGGGGAACCUAUCUUUCCUUGACAUGUGGCUGGCCUCGUUUGCCAUACCCAAGAUGAUCAGGGAUUUUCUUAGUGAUCGAAAGCUCAUUUCCUUUGGGGGAUGUAUGGCUCAAAUCUUCUUCUUGCACUUUAUUGGUGGCUCUGAGAUGGUACUGCUGGUUUCCAUGGCCUAUGAUAGAUACGUGGCCAUAUGCAAACCCUUGCAUUACAUGACUACGAUGAGUCGGCGGACUUGCAUUGGGCUGGUGUUUGUUUCAUGGACUACUGGAUUUGUGCACUCCAUCAGUCAAGUAGCCUUCACUGUGAAUUUACCUUACUGUGGCCCCAAUGAGGUGGACAGCUUCUUCUGUGAUCUCCCUUUGGUAAUCAAACUGGCCUGUGUGGAUACCUACAUCUUGGGCAUACUUAUGAUCUCAGACAGUGGGUUGCUUUCCAUGAGUUGUUUCCUGCUCCUCCUGAUAUCCUACACUGUGAUCCUUGUCACUGUGCAGCAGCAUGCUACCGGUGGGGUCUCCAAAGCACUCUCUACUUGCUCUGCACACAUCAUGGUUGUCACACUCUUCUUUGGGCCCUGCAUUUUCAUUUAUGUGUGGCCUUUCAAUAGGUUCACUGUGGACAAGCUCCUGUCUGUGUUUUACACCAUUUUUACUCCGCUUUUGAAUCCGAUUAUCUACACAUUGAGAAAUAAAGAGAUGAAAGCAGCUAUGAAGAAACUGCGGAACCGACAUGCGACUUUUAACUGA